ACACUCGUUUCCUAUCGAGCAUUAAGAAUUUGAUGAAAUGCAUUUGAAAGGGAAACAGAUGAUGGGUAGGUGAAGCUAGGUUGCUGUAAUCCUGAUUAGCUGUUUCUACAAAAGGAGAGAGGUUAUCUUAAAUUGAUUACUUUUUACCUUUUGACUUUUUAUGGCUAUUUGGCAAUCCAUCAUAUUAAUGGAAGCAUCCUUGAGUCUGAAACGUGUUAUUAGCUACGUGUUAAUAUUUUUCAUUUUUGUUAUUUAGUCUCAGUUUCUUGGAAUCUUUUUUUCUAUUUUUUCUCAACUUUACCGUUCUCUCUGGGACAAUGAGUUUAUUCGCAUUUUUCAACUAUUUUAAGUUCGCAGACCAUGACCCAGAAGAGGACCAUAAAGGAGCUUCUCAGUCAACUAUUCCUUCUUCGUUUUCUCAGACUGUCCAAAAUAAACCGUUUGGAUCACAAGCUCCAAGCAUUUCUAAUUCUGGUCCAACCCUCGUUCCCUCUGUUCAUCCCAAUUGCGAUGGUCCAGGUUUUUCCGACACCUCCAAUUCAACCAUUCAAAUCUCGAAUCUCCCUCAACUUAGGUCCGAACCGAACCAGCGACUGCGAGUACAAGUUAAAUGCAAUGAAUUACCAUGGAAGACGAAGAGUUGGGGUUAUGAUCCUAGUGGUAGGAGACAUUUGGUUAUCGAUUUUGGUCAAUAUCGGAUAUAUAACGAUGAGCUGGAUGUUAAUCAUGAAGAUCAGAUUCCAUGGGAACAGUUGCAACGAUACACUCCCUUGCUUCGAGAUGAAGAGGAGGUAAGUGCUUCACCACCCGUUGUUGAUGCCCAAUGCCCAAACCCAAUUCAUUUUCGUUGCGUUUACUGUAAGGCUACUUGUAAAAAGAUGAAAAAUCUGAAAGAACAUGUAAUCGGAAAAAAAUAUCCAAAUAAGAAGGCCUGGUACAUCCCAUGCAAAAUCAGAAUUCGCGAUGAACAAAUACCGAAUGAUGGUUUUGUUCCUAAGGGCACUUACCCACCUCUGAAGUUCCCAUGGUGCAAGUUGGAUUAUGUCGAUUGCGAUAACGAGAAAGGACAGAAAGGCUCCACUAUACCUGAGUCAAUUUUGGAAAAGCUCAAUGCUUACCAUAAGGAUCUGCGACCAGGUGUUUCUCACUCUGUUUCUGCCACAGCACCUUUCUCGAGUGCUUCGCAAAGCAGCUAACAGUUAUCUCGACAGUCCACGGUAAUGAAUUGUAAGUUGUUCUCAUUUAAAUUUCAUCGCUCGAUCACUGUUGAUGAAGAGAAUUGGAUAUAGUGCCCGCCACACUGAACUGAGCGAGUCGUACAUUUCAUUUGAAGAUAUUUAUAGGAGAAGAUCUCACCAAUAAAUAUGACUAUUCAUACAAUGAAUACUACUAGCAACGGCAAAUACAAAUGUAAGAGCAAAUUAAAAAAUCACUGAAGUGCAAUAAUCUCUAGUAAUACAGGAUGUAUUUAAGAUUAUUCAUUUAUUCAUCCAAAAGCUUGAUUUGUACAAGGAGGAAUUCGACCCUCCAUAGAAAAUUGCAUCUGGCUGAAAUCAAUUAUCAAAAUGUUCAAAAAGAGAUAAUUUUUUAAAAUAAAUAAUCGAACCAUUUCAUUGUA